AUGAAGAGAGCCAGAGGUGGCACUGAGGAUGACGCUGCCGGCUCGGCUGGCUGCCGCAAGAAAGCUGGCCGACCGAAAAGUAACCUGGUCCUCAGGAGAGAUAUACGGAGCAGGUACAGAGACCUCAUCAACAAGAUGCAAGAGAACAGAGAAGAUUUGCAGAGCCCCUCCAACAACCAACUCACAGAAGCUUUAGAGCAGGCGGACAAGCUGUUUAAAGGUGUUUCACACCUGAGGGAAGUGACUCUCGAUGCCCAGCUGCUCAUGAUGGCCACAGACCUGGGGAAGGAGAAAGCCAGCCAAAUGUCUGCUGUGUGCACCGCUUUUGAUCCCAUCGCUAUGGCUGAGCAUCUUUUGUCUUUUAUGGGACUCAAUGGACUAGAAGACGAGCAGAACUGGGGCAUGGUUGACUACUCCCUGCCCCAGAACGCCUGGCACACAUUGGCCGGGAGAGCGGAGUGCUGUUUCAAGACCGCACCCUCAUUCCACUACAUGAGGGGCUCAUUCCAUGCAAAACUGCCUCCUCCAAAGCAAAAGAUAUUGCAGCAAACUAAAGCUUCUACCAAAGAUUCCAAAAAGAUAAUGCCCACUCAGCUGGAGAAAAUAGAAGAGUCCCAUCAAGAGACGACAGAGAAAGCAGUGGAAAGGAUCCUAGGAUACCUGAAGAGUUAUUACCAAGACAAUCCAAAAACACCGAUACCGUACUACGAGUUUGUCACUGACCCCGACUCCUUUUCCCAGACAGUAGAGAAAACUUUCUACACAUCUUUUCUGAUCAGGGACGGUUUGGCACGGAUAUAUCUGCAUGACGAAAUGCCUUGUAUCGCACCUGUGGAGGAGGGGGAGGGGAAGGCAGAAGCCGGAGGAUCAAGCAGCUAUAACCAGUGCAUUAUCUCCAUGAAUCCAAAGAUGUGGAGGGAGCUCAUCAAUGUCUUCGACAUCAAACACGCAAUGAUUCAGCCUCCUAACGCAACACACAGAAUAAGUGAAGGACCAUGCCACUUGUUCUUACCUGAAACCAAGUCUUAG